AGGAAGCAGAGGAAUGGGAGUAAAAUCUUAGAAAAGUCCACUUGAGCUCCUUGCAGUGCAGCUCUUGACUUCGAGGACUUAGUGCCCAGAGAGAGGUCCACAGAAGGCCACGAAAGGAGUGCUUGCAAAUGAAUGAAGGAACAAGUGUCGCUGCUUGCUAAGGCAUCCCUGCCCGCACAUAGUCACUUUCCUCCCCUCCCCCACCAUUCACCUGUCGCACUUGGGCUGGGCGUCUGAAAGCUGCAUGCCUGCUAAUGGCCGGAUCAAACUGGAUACUGAUCCGAUACUCGAGGCAAAGGUCACGUGCAACACAGCAGUGGACGUGGGUAGGGAGGAGGGCUUUCCUUCCAGCUGCUUCGAGGAAGAGCUAGUGGGCCUUGAGUGGUUUAACUGUACUGAGGACUGUGGCCGAGUACUCCCCUGUACUGGAUACUUCAGGUCCUUCGCUCACCUGGCCGUCCUGCCAAGACGCUCCUCUGAUUCAGGACUUGUGGUGUAGGGCCGCCUGGAACCUGGGGUGUCCCUGGAGCCCAGGCUCACAUGUCCGCAGGCCUGCCCAUGAGUGAGGCAAACCCAACCCAGGUGGGGCCCUCGGAGCUCCCCACAACAUCAACCAUAGCCCCUGCACCAGGCGCUGGGGGCCGGGCAUGGCCUGUGCUGGUAGGGGUUGUGUUGGGGGCAGUGGUCCUCUCACUGCUCAUCGCACUCGCUGCCAAAUGCCACCUUUGCCGCCAGUACCGCGCCAGCUAUCAGCACCGCCCACUGCCUGGAACGAGGGGUGGGAGCCACCCACAGGCUGGUGAAGAUGAGGAUGAUGAUGGUUUCAUCGAGGACAAUUAUAUUCAACCUGGGGCUGGCCAGCUGGAGACAGGAGGAAGCAGAGACCAUUUCUCUCUAUGAGCCACCAUCUCUGGACACCUCUGUAUCCUCCAUGCCUGACAGUUUAAGGACAAAUGUCUCAACCCUCAGGGACCAAGGUGGCCAGAGCUUAAAGGCUGACCAGAGGUAGAACAAUCUUGACUAGCCACGGAAGUGGCAGUGACCCUCUCUUGUUCAAUAACUCGGUGGCUCCCAGCUGGUUCCAGGAUAAGGUCCAACACAUGAAGGAAGUUUUCCUUUUUCCUUCCUGUACUACUUUCUACCGAACUCCUUGUCCUCCAUGUCCUUCUAAAUGUGAUGGCCACCCUGACUCAUGGGCCCCUAUGACUGCCUGUCCCCUGACCCAGGAGUUCACAGGUGUUCCAAUGACAUGGUCCAACAGUCAGAGAACAGUACCAAGUCUCUUACUGAAUUUUUUUUUCUUAUCAAUAAAUCUUAUCAAUCUGGUUUUGUUAUGUUUUUCACAGGAAUUAAUAAAUCUUUUCAUUUUGGAUUAACACAA